AGCAAAAAAAAAAAAAAUCUAAUUUUAUGAUUAUUUGCUUGAUCAAUCCUGCAUUGUAAAUUAAACGAAAAUAGAUGAAAAUGUAAUAAACUUGGCUUUAGUCUGUUAAUGAAAGAACUCUAGACGUUUUUUUUUUAAUUCUAGACUGUUAUUUAUUCUGGGUUUUCUAAAUUAAAAAAAAUAUGAAUAAAAAUGGGCCUUACAUUGUUACAAUGGAGCUGUGUGUUAUAUGGCCCAGUCCAAAACACAUUUGCUGAAAAGAAAAAAGAAAACAAUGAACAUUUCUUUCAAGCAUUUUAUAUGUUUUGUUUUACUAGUGCAUGGUGUAUGGGUUUUAUCUUGGAACCAUAAGUUCAAAUCUCUGCUUUUCUAUUAUAUUGCUUUUCAAAAUGUUCAAAACAACAUAUAUAGUUUAAUAACUUGUUCACAGUCUUAACAAUUUGCAAAAUCAGUGUACAAUUUGUAAAAUCAGUGUACAAUUGCGGAUAAGUAAUUAAUUAAACGUCAUAAGUAGAAUUGCAAAACACACAAACUUAUAUCAAUUACAAAGUUGUUUCCAAUAGGUAUGAAAUUUUCUUAUUAAGUAUAUUUUAAUUGAUGAACAUCAUCUUGAUCACUACUUUCAUAUACUCUAAUUAAUGUCUUACAACUAGUAGGGAAUAGUGAUGUAUUGCCAACUUAAGUUUGUCCUAAACACAUAAGCUUUUAAUUCACCAAACACCCAACUUUGGGUUUUGUCUUCUUUUGGAAAAUUAGUACUAAACCUCCUGCAUUCAGAUAUAAAGUAUGAAAAUAAUCCUUUGUUAACUAGAUAAUUAUUGUUGCUUUCUAUAUAACUCCUCUUUGUCUCUCGAUAUAUAGUUAUUAAAAUACCUUUUUGGAAAGUUUUUUUGGUUAUUUUAAUAGUUUGUCAAUAAUUAACAUAUACCACAUAGCUCACAGAUUGUUUUUAACUAAUAGCUCACAGGUUGAUCCACAAUAAUACAAAACAAUUAGAUUACAAGUUUCAGAUUAAUCAAUAUAUUUUCUUCAAAAUAAUUAUAUAUAGAGAACUAAUUUCCGUAUACGUAGAAAAGUGUAAAGUUUCCUAAUGUAUUAAACCUAUAUCUGAUAUAUUGUGUCCCUAAUUAAGAAAAUUAAUCUCAUUUUGAUUAUUUGGGUUAGUGAAGCACACUGAUAUCAUUUAACAAGCUUUUGGAACUAACUAAUUAUAGUAUAAUUUAAGUUUUGGAUAAGGUCUUUUUGCUUUUAUAAUGCAAGAGUGCAUAACGGUUGCUUAUGAUUGAGGAACAAGCAAUUGCUAAUAUUACAGGUCACUGCCCAUUAACUUAUUUUAACAAUUACAGCAUUUAAAGUCACCUUUUCUGUUAGUCUUAUGAAAAAUUAUCCAUGGCAUAAUAUAUGUUUUAUAAUUAAUUAUCAGCUCAUUUAGUUUUCUUUUUAAUAUAUGCAGCCACCUUUCGCAUAUAAAGUAAAUUAGUACCUAAGAUGUUUCAUGCAUCUUUCUUGAUGUAUAGACAUACAUAAAUACGGCAUUGUAAAUGUAUGGUCAUUUCUUUUAGAGUGCUACAACGCUUUUUUGGUUGGCAUUUGUGUUACCAUUUUGUAUUUUGUGGAGUAGCACAUUUAAAUACUGUUAUUACUUACAUUAUAGCUUUUCAUCUUUCUAUUAAAUGGAACCUUUUGAAAGAAUUAAAAACAGGAAUUAUUGCUCACUAGAAUUAUUAAUCAACAAUGCACGGAAAGAAUGUAUUUUAAACCUAUGAAAAAUGGAGAAAGACACAGAAAUUAAGUGUCUAGGUUGCACUUGUUUCUGUAGAUUUAGAGAGUGUUAUACUGUGCCAGCAUCAAUCAUGUUUUGGAAAGAACCUACAUUAAAGUUCUCAUUUUUUGAUAUAUGGCUUAAAAGAAACUUAAACAAAAUAAAAGUAUGGAUGCUGUGAAUGAGUAUUUGUAUAGAUACACCAAGAAGAACAUGAGUGGUAAGAAUAUUGGACUAGUAUAUAUGUAGAAACCAAAAACCUUACCGCAUGUAGACUUAGAUUUACGUUUAUGGUUUAUGUAUAGGGUAUUGAAUUUAUUUUGAUGUAAACCAUACUUUUCGGAAACACUUAUAAGUAAAUCACUCAGGCUCAUAUAUGUUCUUGGUACAGACAAUGGAAUCGCAUUUACGUCCAUUCACCCCCAAAUCCAAUAACAGUAAGCCACUACACACCCAUUUAUGUAUACAACUUACAAGACAAAUUCUUUCUCAAAAAAAAAAAAAACUUACAAGACAAAUUUUUCUCUUUUAAAGUUUUUUUUUUGCUAUUCUCUUUUUAAAGUUUAAAGGGUACUUCUGAAAAUAGUUCAAAAGAAAGGGUCAUUUUGAAAAAAAGGUUGCUAUAUAACUCGUCCAUCAACUACAUCUCUUAUAACCAUCUCCUUUCCCACCAAUAGUCACAACAAAAGCAUAAGAGAAAAUGAAGAUAAUAAAGAGUUCGCCGCUUUUAGCUAUGCUGAUCGGCUUCAUUAUCAUAGCAGCCGCAAUCUCCACAAUCUCCGUUGAGGGUCGUAAACAUCACGUCAAGAGGAUCAAACCCAAACACCGUCGUCAUUCUAGAGAUACCCCUACCGGCUCUCCUGCACCCGCCCCUUAUCCGUCCACCCAUGAUGGUGUUUUUGACAUCCUCUCCUUCGGUGCCAAGGGCGAUGGGAUCUCAGACGACUCAAAGGCAUUGAUCGGAGCGUGGAAGGCGGCUUGUAAAGUAGUCGGAGGGAAGGUGGAGAUUCCGGCAGGGAAAGAGUUUAUGGUGAAGGCGGUGACGCUGCAAGGACCGUGCAAGGAGGAAACGGUGGUUCAAAUAGAAGGAACCUUAGUAGCUCCUACUAAGACAGGGUCAUGGCCUAAGUCAAGCUUGUUUCAAUGGCUUAACUUCAAAUGGGUCAGUCACGUCACCAUCCAAGGCUCAGGGACUCUUGAUGCUCGUGGCUAUAACUGGUGGAACUUAGACAAUUAUCAAACUCAAAAAAAUAAGUAUAUCCCACCAAUGAAACCAACGGCACUUAGGUUUUAUUCAAGUGGUAACGUGACGGUCCGUGAUAUAAGCAUCGUGAACAGCCCAUUGUGUCACCUGAAGUUUGAUGAUUCUGAUGGAGUCAAAAUCAACAACAUAACGAUAUCUUCGCCCGAGAAUAGCCCUAACACCGACGGCAUCCACCUCCAGAACACACGUAAUGUCGAGAUUCAACACUCCAACAUCGCUUGCGGAGAUGACUGUGUAUCCAUUCAAACCGGCUCCUCCAAUGUACACAUUCACCACAUCAGUUGUGGCCCUGGCCAUGGCAUCAGCAUAGGAAGUCUGGGGAAAGAUGAGACCGUUGCAUGUGUGUCUGAUAUCAUAGUUGAGGACGUCUCAAUACAGAACACUCUUGCUGGUGUUCGAAUCAAGACUUGGCAGGGAGGAUUAGGGGUUGUCAAGAACCUAACAUUCUCCAACAUACAAGUAACAGACGUGCAAGUACCGAUAGUAAUAGACCAAUAUUACUGCGAUAAGUCCAAGUGUAAGAAUCAGACUAGCGCAGUAUCAAUUUCGGACGUCAAGUACAACAACAUCGUCGGUAGUUUCACGGCACAACCGGUACGUAUUGCAUGCAGCAACAACGUACCAUGCAUGGACGUGGAUCUAAUGGAUAUUAGGUUACGACCUUCCGGAGGAAUCAGAGGGUUACAAACUCAUCAACAGCAACACGCUUUGUGUUGGAACUCGUACGGCAAAACACAAGGGCCUUUGGUUCCUUCAAGCAUUGGUUAUUGCUUAAAGAAGAGUAAUAUUGAUGGCUAUUAUCCCAAGAGAUUUAUUGCUUCGUCCCAUGAAAAACUCUGCCCUUUAUAAAACCUUUAAUAGAAAUUUAGAGUUAUUCUAUUAGCUCGAAAGAUUUUAUAUAUCUUUUCGUGCUAGAUGAUAAGAUUUUAGAUCAUUUAUGCCACCGGUUCUAUCCCAAUAGGUACCUGUGUUUGGCAUAUAUUUUCUUUUAAAUUGUGUUUCUUUUGGGAGAUCAUGAUGUUUCUUUUUGCUUCCCUUCUCCAACUUUUUGUGGGUGUGAGAAGGUAAUGGCGCUUUUAUCAGCUUUUUUUCUGUAGUGUUAUGAUGUAUGAUUCCAGUUUCAGAGGUUUGAUGUUAUUUUACUUGUUGCUGUAAUAAA